AUGGCGAUCGGGACGAGUUUUGUGAUCACGAAAAAGGGUUUGAUGCAUGCUUCUGAACGGCACGGCUUCGAGGGCGAGGGUUACUCGUACCUCAAGAGUCCCGUCUGGUGGAGCGGUGUUUCUACACUGGCUAUCGGAGAAGUCUGCAAUUUCGCCGCCUACGCAUUCGCGCCCGCCAUCUUGGUCACACCUCUCGGCGCAUUGAGUGUGUUGAUUGGUGCCGUUCUCGGUUCAUAUUUCCUCGACGAGCGAUUGGGGGUAUUAGGAAAACUGGGCUGUGCGAUGUGUCUGUUGGGAUCGGUCGUGAUCGUCCUCCAUGCGCCUCCAGACAAGCCGGUAGAACGCAUUGAUAAGAUGUUGGAGUAUGCUCUUGCUCCAGGGUUUCUUCUCUACUGCCUCGCCGUUGCGAUCUUCUCGACGGUGAUGGUUUACCGGGUUGCCCCUGUGUACGGCAGAAAGAACCCUCUUAUUUACAUCUCGAUCUGCUCUACUGUCGGCUCCGUCUCUGUCAUGUCUGUGAAGGCGUUCGGUAUCGCGGUGAAGUUGACUCUCGGCGGCAAUAACCAAUUUACCAACGCCUCGACCUAUGUCUUCGCCAUCGUCACCGGAUUCUGCAUCCUCACGCAGAUGAACUAUUUCAACAAGGCAUUGAACUCGUUCUCGACCUCAAUCGUGAAUCCUCUCUAUUACGUCACCUUCACAACCGCCACACUUUGUGCCUCGUUUAUUCUGUUCAAGGGCUUCAACACUACGGAUGCGGUCAACACCAUCUCGUUACUGUGCGGCUUCCUUCAGAUCUUUACCGGUGUCUAUCUCCUGAACCUCUCGCGACACGACCCGGAUGGGCGACAGAUGCUCAAUACCAAGUUCGAUGAGGAAGGUGUCCCGACGGACGGUAUCGCCAGCUACCAGACUCGACUCUCAAUGCAGUCGCGCCGCAGUCGGAGUCUAUCGAGCUCCACGUUCCUCAACGUCAACGGGCACGGCGAUCGCGAAGGUCUCAUGCACUCGUACGACGUUGAGAACAAUCACGACGGGAUCGGGCUGUCCGACCUAGUCGAAGAAAGUGACGGGGAGCCAGGUCCGACCUUCAAGCGGAGCGACGAGCGCGCUCGGAUCACCGCAACCCAUACCAAGCGGAACAGCCGAUAG